AGUUUUCCUGGGGGGUGGGGGGUUUAGUUUUAAUUUUCCAGGGAAUUCACUCGCGUGUUGCAUCCACCCAAAUUCCAUUGCUUCUGUCCACCUCGAUUUCUCUAGGGUUUUCCUCUCCCAUUCCCGCCGGCUUUGUCCCCUUCCUCUUCGUCGCCAUCCACCGCCGAAGUCGAGCUCCGACUUGGGCUUCGUCGCCAUCUCCGGCUUCCUGUGAGUCGCCAUCCACCGCCGAAGACGAGCUCCUCUCUGUUUCAGCGAUCUUGGUCUUCGACCAUCGAUCUGGAGUCUUCGUCCAUCGGAAGCGAUCUUGGUCUCUGUUUCAGUGAGCGAUCUUCGUGUUCGCCAUCUCCGCCGAAGUCGACCUCCGAUUCCGACUUGCAGACCGCCGUUCAUCCUGGUCGUCAUCUUCGUCUACGGUAAGCUUUCCGGCCCAAACCUAUCUGGUUUUCGGCCACCUUCCGAUGGACGGCCGGCGGCCUUCUAUUUCUGGUUUUGCAUUUUGGUUUAUCCUUUGUUUUCAAUAUCUAUUUUUACCUUUUCUUUGGGGUUUGAUGGUGUAAUAAUUCAGUCUUUACUAUUUAGUCUGUGUUAAUUAUGUGAGUUUUUGUUCACUUUUUAAUGGUGAAAAUAUUUUGUAUGUGUCUUAUGUAUUUACAUUAUAUAAUUUAUAUAUUGAUUUUAUUAAUUUAUUAAUAUAUAUUGUAUUAAUAUAAAAUUUAAUACUAAAAAUGUACAAAUUUUCAAGGCAAAAAAUGUAUUCUUUCUAUGAAAAAUGUCCAUUUUUUAGGGAAAAUAAUGACGAUCAAACACCAAAAUUUAGAAAAAAUAACUAUUUUUUUGAAAAAUAAUAGCAAUCAAACACCAAAAAUUAAAAAAGUAUAACAAUUUUUAGGUAAAAAAUUAAGCAAAUCAAACACCUUGAAUUAACAUUUUUCUUGGAAUUUAAUUCUAGACAAUUCAAUUGUCUAAGAAAUAUUUUUUUUUCAUGCAAAUUCUAUGCUUGCAAUUUUGAGUAAUGCUAUUCGGCCACCCUCAAAGCCACCCACGAGAUAUUGUGAUAUCUCUCCUUUUAUCGACUCCAAAAUAUUGUGAUAUCUUGUGAUAUGAGCAGCCCAAAAGCCACUAUUUCAAAUUUUUGACCCUUCUCUCACUCUCGCCUGGGUUGAAUCUCCUCUCUUCUUUCCAACCGUCGCUCUCUCUCCCCUCCGAUCGUCUCUCUCUCUCUCCCUUCUCGCGCUCAAACUCUCUCUCACACUCUCGCCCGCACUUCCCACGAUCUCAUUCCUCCUUUCUGCCCGUCUCGUGCCACGGCGUCUCCGACAUCCUCGUUUCGACCCCGAUCUACAAGGAGCAGAAGAAGCAAGAUAGUGUUAAUUCAGCUGGGACCUUGAAGACCUGAGAUGAUGAACUUACGUGUAGCGUUUGCUUGGAGCAAGUUACUGUGGGAGAACUCAUUCGUAGCUUCUAGCUUGCCAUGUUUGCGUUAGAUCGGGGCUAGAACGAGGAUGCCGGAGAUGUUGUGGCACGGGACGAGCAGAAGGGAGGAACGAGGUCGUGGGAAGCGCGGGCGAGAGUGUGAGAGAGAGUUUGAGCGCGGGAAGGGAGAGGGGGGAGAGGGAGUGAUGGCCGGAAAGAAGAGAGAAGAUUCAGCGCGGGCGAGAGUGAGAGAGGGGGCAUAAAUUUGAAAUGGUGGCUUUUGGACUACUCUUGAUAUUGCGAUAUUUUGGAGUCGAUAAAAUGCGAAAUAUCACUAUAUCUUAUGGGUGGCUUUGAGGGUGGCCGAAUAGCAUUAUGCCCCAAAACCCUCUCUUUAUUUCUGCUUUGUUGUCCGGCAGCUCUCAUCUCCAACACCGACGACUAUCUCCCAUCUCCCUGCCUCAAGCGAUCAAACACCGCCUCUCAUCCCUGUCUGUUCUCUCGUCUUGCACGAACACAGUCGCCGGUCGGCCUCACAUUACCAGUUCUGUGCCCUGACGGUAUGAUACCUUGAUACUAUCACUCUGUGAUUUAGGUUUUUAAUGUUUAUUUAAAGAAUUUAAGAAUGCUGUUCUUUCAAGGGAUUUUUGGUCAUCAGUUUGGUUAUUUUCCCCUCAUUUCCUGGCUUUAUGUGAACCUCAAAGCAGCUGCUGUGGAGGACUUUUACAGUGCUGUUUCUUUAAUUGCUUUCUGAGAAAAUUUGAGCAUGCUGCUCGUUUAAAACUUUAGGAUUGUAGCCUAUAUGCCUGUUCGGUGGUAAAAUAAAUCUAUACGUUUGUUUAAUUUGUUUUCUUCAACCCAAUGUCAUGUUUCAUGUUUGUUCUAUGAGUCGGUAGAUAAUGAAAUUAAAUAUAUAUUCUGAGACCAAUGUCAGCUGCCUCUGACAACUGAAAGCUGAUUGUUUUCUUCAAAUCGGCUUUAUAGUAACUUCAAGUUAGCUUUCAAUUUACUGGUGAGUUUUGAUAUACUGAGCACACAGCAACAAGAAAGAUGCAUGCGUUGUAAGCAUAUUAUUUUUAAAUUUUUAUAAAAAUUGAAUGAGCAUGACUAUCUGAUGGAUCUGUAUUACUCUUAGGGAUGGGGAACUAAGUAUCUUUACAGAAGAAUGAAUCAGAUGUUUGAUAUGUGUUAUUGAACUAAAUGUUUGUUAGAGUUAAUGAAAACAUUUAGUACUUCUUCUCCUUUUUUUUUUUUUGGUUUAAAUUUUGCAAAAUUGGAUAGCUUUCUGGCAAUAUUCUAGUCUUACAAGCUAUAUAAAUAAGUACAUAAAAGAGAAACUUUUUUAGUAUGAAGAAAAAAUAAACAAAUCUUAAGAUUAUAUUUUGUAGCAAUUAUGAUUUAUCAAUAAAAUGUUCCAUAAUUGCCUUAAUGGUCUCUUGGUUGGCUCAGUUGACCCAAUUUCUCAUGGCAGAACUCUAAACAGUGAACUGUAAGGGUUAGAGAAGGAGAUUAAAAGAAUAUGAGAUAGUUUUCAUUGUUACUUCAAGGCAGGAAAAAAAUUUUGCGUUUGAGAAAAUCAAACCCCAAUUACAUCUUUUGUACACUAUAAAUUUGGAACUAAAUGUAGAAUUUAAUUCCACUUAUUCCAUUUGGCUGGGUUUUGCUUGAAAGUCUGGAAAAUAAUUGUAUCAACCUAGACACCAUGUUCUUUGGUCAGUUAGGAUAGAGAAGAGAAAUGGGAGCUGUACGAAGCUGGCAAUGUGUGGGCAAUGAAAUUGUUGUGAAGCUGACCACAAUCACUGUCAGGUACUGACGAGCAGACCUUGCAACCACCAUCAGAAGCAGCCAUCCUUCACCAACUAUCGAAUAAAGCUUUGUUGUUGCCAGGGGAUAUCUUGGGUCAAUUAUCAGCUUACUACUGCCACUUCUAAAUCAAGUCGCAUUGGCUUUUGGAGUAUGUCUAAUUUGGACCAUUGCAAUUACUUGUGAUUUAAAAUGUCUCUCCGAAGACCUCCAAUCCCUCGGCUUCUCCUCAACAAUGUUUCUUGCAUGAGAAAUGCCCAACAAAUUCUGCGACAUGUAAAUGUCUCACUGCAUGAUGGUGGUGCGCUUGUGCUGACAGGAACCAAUGGGUCAGGGAAAACUACUUUCCUACGCAUGUUAGCUGGGUUCUCCAAACCUUCAGCUGGAGAGAUCCUCUGGAAUGGUCAUGAUAUAACUGAAUCGGGAAUUUUCCACCAGUACAAGCUUCAGCUUAACUGGCUCUCUCUGAAGGAUGCCAUCAAAGACAAGUUCACAGUCCUCGACAAUGUGCAGUGGUUUGAAGUUCUUGAAGGCAAGCAAGGCAAGUCUCUCCCUGCUUUGGAACUGAUGGGUCUUGGGAGAUUGGCAAAAGAAAAGGCAAGAAUGCUCUCGAUGGGCCAAAGGAAGAGGGUGCAGCUUGCUAGAUUGUUGGCGAUUGAUCGGCCGAUUUGGUUGCUUGAUGAGCCUUCAGUGGCACUGGAUGAUGACGGGGUGAAGCUGCUUGAGUACAUUAUAGCAGAGCAUCGAAGGAAAGGUGGGAUCGUCAUCGUGGCAACACAUUUGCCAAUUGCAAUUGAGGAUGCCAUGUACAUGAGGUUGCCACCAAGGUUUCCAAGAAGGAUGACCUUGGUAGACAUGCUUGAUCGAGGUGGUUAGAUUUUGAUGAUGUUGACAUAUGCUAAUUCCUAUCGUAGGUAAUGCAGAUUUACAAGUGUUCCUUGAGAGCUUCUGGGUUGGAUUUGUUGCCCAAAUCAAGGGGCGGCGGCAUUUGUUCGAGCUCAAGCAAGUUGAUACAAUGCAGAUUUAAACGUGUUUCUUGAGAUCUUGUGGGUCGAAUUUUGGUGCCCAAGAUUAAUCAAGACCAUCAUCCAGGCAAGUGCAAGCUCUCAAGCAAAUCUUCCACUAACACAAGAUGACAGUUUGAUUCCUCUCCUCGUAACCGAUUAGGCUUCUUACCGCUGUGUUUGCUUUGCUACGACUUGUAAUUUAUAGAAAUCAAGCAUACCAUUUGUUUUGUUUUACUAAAUUGUAACACCAUUUGUUUUGUUAUACUGAAUUGUAACAAGUGCUUGCUCUUUAAUCGUGAUUACUUAUUCGUACCCA